AAUAACUUUUAUGGUUAAUAAAUUUGUAAUAUUCUUACCUUUUAAGGAUGAUAUUCUAAAUUUACAUAAAAGCAUAUCCAAUUAACAUGAAUGUGUUGUAUUUGAAGAAGGCUUUGAACUAAUAAUUCAAAUUAAGAAUGUGACAGAAUUUGUUAUAGAUUGGAAGCAAUUAUAAUUCCUUUUUAAUAUUUAAUACUGACUUAAGAUUUUUUAAAAUUUGCUAAGAAAUAUUCAAACAUUUAUCUGUUACUCUUCUAUGAAAUUAAAAUAUUAUAACUUUGCAAUACCAUUUAAAAAUUAUUUCUCUUUUAGUGUAUGUGUUACUGUCACUAAACCCAACCCAGACCCUUCACUUUCACCAAACAGAUCUAGAAUGGAAUGCCAAAUCUAUUCUUGCACUCAUUGUCUGUACACAACUCCAUAUAAAGGGAAUUUAAAAGUACAUAUGGUGGUUCACACGAAAGCUCGUCCCUAUGUUUGUAAUGUGUGUAAUAAGUCCUUUUCCCAAAAAGGAAAUUUGAAAGUUCACAUGCGUUUGCAUACUGGUGAACAUCCCUAUCAGUGUGACAUAUGCAAAGAAUCAUUCAAACAAAGAACUGCUCUUAUUUUUCACCAUGUUCAUAAUCAUAAUAAAAGUGAUUAACAAUUUUAAAAAAAAAAAUUUAAAUCAAAAUUUUCAUUCUGAUUAUGUUUUGCAAUUGCUAGACUAAUAUUUUUUUUUUUAAGUAAUCCAUUCCAAAACCUUUUU